CAGCGCCUGACGCCGCUAGUACAUCCGGGACACAGUUUCCAUGUGUCUGUUGGUUCAGCUGUCAAGCCGACUCUUCUGUAUGAGAAGGAGAAGCUCCCUUGGACAAUUUGUGUCGAACCUCGUCUCCCGGGAGAAGAAAUGGCGCUGAUGGGGAUACAGUUAGUAGUCAGCUUGCUGGCUGCUAGCAUUAUGCAGAGGAUGGCUCCACAUUGCUCAUUUGCACGGUGGCUCCUCUGUAAUGGCAGUUUAUUCCGGUUCAAACAUCCAUCAGAAGGGGAGCUGUGUGCGCUGGCAGGGAAGCAGAUGCCCAAACAGAACAAGAGAGACAGGAGACAAAAUGGGGAAAACAAGCCUCUCACUGUGCCCAAAGACAUCGACCUUCACCUGGAAAAAGCUCCUGUCAAUGCCAUUGACGCUCUCGUGCUGCGAUUCUUCCUGGAGUACCAGUGGCUGAUAGAUUUUGCAGUCUAUGCAAUGGGUGUCUUCCUGUUCACCGAGUGUUACUGCAGUGUGGUAGAUGCCACCAAAGAAGUCAAUAUCGGCUCUAUCUGGUGUGUUCUGACUGUGCUCUUCAGUCUAAAGACCCUUCACACUCUGAUGAGUCACUACUUCCGCUCCGAAGAAGGCGGUGAGCGAUCGGUGUGUCUUGCCUUUGGCUUUCUCUCUCUGCUUGUGGCCAUGCUGGUGCUGGUGGUCAGAGAAGACUACCUGGAGUUCGGCCUGGAGUCGGGCUUUUCCAGCCUCUUUGACAACUUUGAGGUCUUUGCCAGACAGCAGGGAUACGCCGAGUGGUCAGUCCCAGUAACCAAGCUCACACUGAAGCUUGGUCUCGCCGCAGUCUGUGCAUACAUCGGUGCUUUGUUGGCCUUCCCUGGACUGCGAGUGGCUCAGAGUCACCUUGACGCUGUACAGAUGAACUCACACCGGCCAAUAAUCCAGAUUCUGCUGCACAUUAGUUUCCUGUCUCCAGUCAUUAUUCUGCUUCUCUGGGUGAAACCUAUUGCAAGAGACUUCCUGGCCAAUGCACCCAUGGGGAAGACUUCAAUCACACUAGUUCCCAGUGCAGUAUUUGACAGUGUGCGCCUGUGGAUCAUUGUGGGGCUGUGCGUGCUGCGCUUAGCACUGACUCGCUACCACCUGCAGGCCUACCUCAACCUGUCUCAGAAGUGGGUGGAGCAGAUGAAGAAGGAAGCGGGGCGUAUCGCUGCCAUUGACAUUCAGAGAAAGGUUACACGCGUGUUUUGCUACCUGACUGUAGUCACUCUCCAAUAUAUGGUCCCGACGUUGCUCAUCCUCUUCUCCACACUGGCACUCAAGGCACUAGGGGACUUCUCCUGGGGAAUGGGUGCAGAAGAGAUCCCUGGUGUCACUCCAGCACUUGUGAUUCCCACAGCAGCACCAGUGGUGUCUAACAGUUUUGAUGAAGAUGAAGAAGGGGUGGAGGACAUGGAGGAAGACAUCCAGGCCACAGUCGCUCACCUGUCGGCGACUUUCUCAGCGCUGCGUGCUGUCCUCACUCCGCUUUUCUUCCGAGGUUUCUUUGCCUUCUUAACAUGGUGGGUGGCUGCCUGUCAGGUCAUCAGCUCUUUGUUUGGCAUCUACUUCCACCAGUACCUUAUGCAUAACUAACCGAGGGAAUCAGAGAGACGUGCUGCUCCACCUGCAAUGCAGCUGCAGCCCUCAGCUAUUAUUAAACAGUUCCAAAGGAUACUUGCUGCAGUGGUGGGACCUUCUUUUUUUUUUUUCAAACACACAACCACAGACAGAAUGCAUCAUGUUUUCAGUCAAAAGCAUGAUGGUGGUCACUCUUGGCUGCAGUUUUUGCUCUGAUAUUUUCUUCAAUGACCAGCAGGCUACUGGUAUCAAGAUACUGGGGAAAUUAGAGCCUGUAUUUUGAAGCCAGUUUACUACAUCUGUUUGUUUUUUUGGGGGGGUUAUCUGGCUCUACUGGGUCAAACACUGGCAGUCUUUGAAAAGUGUUAUCACAAAGCUGUUUAACUGUCUCAGUUCACUCUGGGUUUGACUGAAAAACAACUGUAUAGCGCUGUGAUACCUGAAAAAGAGGUUAUUGCUGUGGUAAUAUGUGAAUGAUACACUGUAUACAAUGAUCUGCUUCAACAGUAGAGUUACUUCUAAUACCUUUAAGUUUAAUGCUGUGGCUGAUAAGAUGACCACUGACAAUCCUGGGAUGAGAUCACACCAUCUUUGUCAACUUGUUGUGACCAAUGAGUCCAUUACAUGAGUACUCAUUACUCUCAUCUUUGAUUUUGACAAAAUCUGUCCCCACACACACACCCCAAUAUAUUAGUCAGACCGUUGGUUCAUACUGUUCAUGGCAGCUCAGCCAGCACUUCACAGCUGCUUCAUAGUACAAUAUAGUUAAACUGUUAAAAGAGGUUUUCAAAAGUAAAGUUAUAAAUAACAUUAUAGUCAUGAUACAAAUGUUAAGCAUUAUGUCACUAAGAACAGUGUUAUUUUUUGUGCUUUCUUAAAAAAAAGUGAUCAAAAAAACACAAUAGACUUUAGCAGUCAAACUAAUGAUAUUAGUAAGGGUUGCAGUUAAUGGUUAUUUUCACGUAAAGUGAUUUAUGUCCAUUAUUUUCUCCAUUCAUUAGUUAGUAGGUAGAGAAAAUGUCAGGAAACCUUGAAAUGAUUAUGUUCUCGUACGUCUUGUGUUGUCCAGAUUUUUUUUUUUGUCAUGUGUAGCAAAGAAUUGUUUGAUUGGUCAUGUUUAGGUUACCAUGGUGACUGUUCCCAUUUUAAAGGUGAAUCUGUUGCGUGAUACCAGAAAAUCCGAGUUGGGUUAGGUUGUUUGGAACAUUAGGUUCAUUAGAACAUAUCGAUGCCAGUGUUUGCCAGAUGGUUCUUUGUUGAACAUCAAAUGCUGCGUUAAAGAUAUGAGUAUUUGUCCCAGUAUAGACACUUUAUUUUGUGAGGAUGUUUUGUCUCCCGCAAAGAAACCGAUUCAAGAGUGCUAAGUGUUUUGUUUUUUAAAUCCUUUUUUUUUUCUCUGCUGUAAUGUUUCAAUUGUGGAUAUUUAGUCAAACAUAGAUCUAGCCUAUUGAAUUGAACAAAGCCAAACAUGAAUCUGUGGAAACACAAGAGUUUCUGUCAAAGUGCCUGGAGGAGUUUGUUUUAAAAUACCUGUGAAUAGGUGAAACCAACACUCCAAACUCAUUUGUUUUACGUGAACACUAAUCAUAGGUAAUGUUUUAGUUGUGGUGACUUAAUUGGCUGAUUGAGCUUGCAGCUGGUAAACUUUGUCUGCUUUUAACCAGUUUUGCAUCAGUGUGUUGUAUUUAUUUAUUUAUGAUGUACUGCCUUAAUAAACGUUUGGUUGUGUAGAAAUGAUA